CUUUUUCAGUUGUUGUUAUUGAUCAGCUAUGAAAAAGUUACUUAUUCAUGCGAUCAGGAAUUAACCGGCAGUCUCCUCACAACAGCUGUUCAGACCAAGUCACCAAGUGUUAUGGUAUCGUAGUUACAACAUUACAGAGGUAAUGAUGGUAGUUUGUAAACUUGCAUUGACUCUGUUGGGGAGCCCACAAUAAGCAGUUUUAUUAGUAAGACAGACGGUAUUGUUGAAGUUUCAUCUGUUGUGGGUUGUGUUGCAGUUCUGGACAUAUCAUACAAGAGAGAAAAGAGAUUUCAUGAUGUUGCAAAUAACAGUGGUAUCAGAUAUGUUGGCCAUAGAUUUUUAACCUAUGUCAACUGUCAGCAAUCGGAUUGCCGCAUCCACAAGUGUAAUACCAAUAGGUACGUAGACACUAGAUACGUGUUACGAAAUAUAAAACUAAAUGAAAUUAGAGUGGGUAAAUUAAUUAUUUACUUACUACGAGUUACGACUAACGUACUUAAGUGAUUGCCAAUGCUAAUUUUUAUUUAUUAUGCUAACUAAUUUCUAAGACAAUCGUAAUCACUAAUCACUAAAUUGUAUCACUAUCAAUACCGCGCUAGGCUUCAGCCACGGCUAUAGAUACUAUAGUAUCUGUAGCUGUGGUUCAGCUGAUAACCGUCCGUCUAGUUGUUCGAUCAUAAGCUACCGAGGUGUUGGUUACAACCGCCACAGCCGCCUACAACGUUAUCAGACCGCGGUUCUGUUAUCCGACCGCCGUCGAGUCGUAAGUCUAGCAUAUUUUAUCAACGACAUUCGAAUUGCGGGCACAGUGCCACAGCCCACAAUCGGGGAUCAAAGACAUGACGAGGGCACGUACGGCAUGCCUCAAAAGUUCUAAGCUAUCUGUAUGAUCAGUUCGGUGACGACAAACGAUUGUCGUAGCCUAAUCGACGAGCCGAUUGAAGUCGGCUGAAUUAUCAUUAAUGACGAUAGUCGGCCGACUGUCAUCUCGUUAACGACACCAAUCACUGGCGGCGCCUACAACUUUGUUCACUGUUCGAUCACGUGCAAAUACUCUCGGCAAUAUAAAAUCUACGCAGCGUGCCCGAACAGUUGACGGCCGCAUGUUUAACCACGAACACGCGACCACCGGGUGUGCAGCGAUAACGUUAUCGGUUAUCACAAUUAUUCUGCACGGAUAUCCCGUAUGUGUUAAGUGAUAGUUGACGCUGUUAUUCGAAGUUCGAACGAACGGCGUUAGGCUACUGGUCCACCUGUGCAAACGUCGGUCGUUUGCUUGCGGCGGUCGCGGACUACUUCGACACGAUCACCAGACCUACCGAGAUCGUCUGCCCAGCGCCGUCGCGGAAACGGUGAGAUCUGUCUGCCGGGGGAAAAACUCGACUGAAUAUGGAGGCGACCGUCACUAGUAAUGCUACUACGGUCGCCACUGUUGCUGACGAAUACCUGGCGCCGCACAAGCCGGUGGACUCGAUGACGACGACUUCACCAUUAGUCGGCCUCGUCAGCGGGUGUGCCGGCGCCGUGGCUCUCGUGUACGUGGGACAACCACUCGACACCGUCAAGGUACGCAUGCAACUGUCUACGGCCACUCGGGCCGUGACGUCUAGCGGCGGUGGUGGCGCCGUCGGCGUAUCCAUGUGGGGUUGCGUGCGAGACAUGUGGCGUCAGGCCCUGGUGACUCCGGCGCCACAUAUUCGUCGACUGACGAACAACGCAGCAGCCGCCGUCGUCGAGGCGUGUCCGUUGACGGCCACCGAUCAACCGGCCAGCAAGGCUGCCGCGGCCGGACGCAUGGCUCGGCUCAUGUAUGCCGGCACUGCUCCCGCGCUGCUGGCCAAUGUGGCGGAAAACGGAGUACUGUUCGCGGCGUAUGGACCUUGCCAGCGGUUGGUGGCGUUCGUGUUAGAUCUAUUUGGCGGGCCCAAUGCCGGCACUGCCGUCGUGGACGUGGAAAAAAAACUUGGUCCUGCCGGCAUGGCUACGGCCGGCAGCUUGGCGUCACUGUGCUCCGCGUUCGCGUUAUGCCCCACCGAGCUGAUAAAGGUCCGUCUCCAGGCGGCUGAUCUGGACAGGGCCAACUGCGUUUCAGGUACGGUUACAGGACGCCCACAGAAUGCUGCUGCCGGCACGCUGCAGGUUGUGGCCCGAGUGUGGACAACCGAAGGUGGUCUACGAGGCAUGUACCGAGGACUAGGCUCGACGGUGGCACGUGAAAUGCCUGGCUACUAUGUUUUCUUCCUGGCGUACGAGGCGAGCCGCACCUAUCUGAAUGAUUGGCAUCACAGCUCUUUGGCGACCUCAACAGCGCUGUCAGUAGAACACCGGGAGGACCCUGCUUGGGUGACAAUGACGGCUGGCGCAGCGGCAGGUACUUGCCUCUGGCUGGUCGUGUAUCCAGUGGACGCGAUCAAAUCACGAAUUCAAGCCACUGGUGGCGGCGGUACAGCUGAAAGUUCAAGUGGCGGUUUCUUGAGGGCCAUGGCACUGUCUGUGCGCAACGAGGGUCCACUAGCCCUUUAUCGCGGUCUGGCACCCACCUUGCUGCGCACUGUUCCGGCAUCGGCUGUCAUGUUCUGGACUGUGGAGCGUACAAAGACAUUGUUGUCUGGUUACGGGCUAUGAGAUUUUUGUUCAUGUAUUCCUAUUUGUUUGGUGACGCUAUGCUAUGAAUAACUUAAAUGUUGUUAAAUCAAUAUUAUGUAUUUCCAAGUAUGCAUGUUUGUCAAUGUACCUACGCAUAAUAUCCAGGAGACAACACAGAUUUGGUACUAUGAAGCUGGUUUUUAAUUUUAACAACAAACAAAAUACCUAGCAGGUACAUAAUAUAGUUAAAUUUAUUAUUUUCACCACUAGUCUAGUCACAACAAACCACCAUUGAUUUGUUUUUUAAUGUAUCAAUCAUGUGUACCAUACACAGUGGGUACUUCUAGUAAAUUAUUCUUAUUAGAAUUUAAUACAAUUUAUCACCUUUAUGUGUAUAAUAUGUUUCAAGAUGCCACAACAGUCAAUAGUAGUUACCAAUUAUUAAAUUGAGCCAAUAACUUAUGAUUAAAAUCUAAUAUGUUGAUAGUCCUUGUAAGCUAAAAGGGCUUCACAGAGGAGUGCCAGGGGGCCAUGUUCUCCAUUAUUUUAGUUAGAUUAAUUGUUUUAUCACUCAAAAAAAAAAAAGAAGAUAUGACCUGCUGUAUUAUCAGAGACUUUUGAAUUCUCCCCUUCCUUCAUAGCUUAUAUUUCUGUGGGCAACCCUUGAUAAGCUAUAUAGUAGGUAAAUUAUGUAAAUUAUAUUUGUUUAAAACAUGCAAAAUACUUACAUAAGUACUUUGUUUUUUAAUAAUUUUUCUACUUUAAACAAGUGAAGAUUUUUCAUUUUUAAUCUGAAAAUAUGCCCAUUUUAAACAUUGACGGGAUACAAGACACUUUUAAAAAAUCUUUUAACAUUAACACAGAUACAGUUAUUUUGUUUAAAAAAAAAAUAACAUAGAUCUAAUGGUGGUAACUGAUAAAAUAUAACAUUAUAUUUUGAAAAAAAUGUAUUUACAAACUGUUGUGUAAUAAAUUAAUUUUUAUUGUUAUUAACAGUCAAGUAUCAAUUGCAAUGGAAUCUAAAUUAUUAUUUUCAAAAUUGCCUAUACAAAUCCCCUUGAAAUUGUUACUAUUUGAUUGUAUUAUGUGUAGUAUAAUGUAGUUAAUAUACUUAUAUAAUAUAUAAAUCACAAAUAUGUCUUCCAUAUAAUGUAUGUCUUCCAUGUAUUGCUCAGUUAUUGUUAUUGUUAUUUGCCAUUUUAGUUAAUAUUGUUAUUAUUACUUUUUGUGUAUAUUUUUAUUAUUUUUUUAAGUGCAUAAGUAAUAGUUGUUAAUUUCCUGUUAUAUUUAUUAUUUUACUUGUAUCCGUACGGUGACAUUGUCGUUACCAUCACUCAUGCGUUGUGUAAAUUAUAGGUUUUUUUUAUGUGGAGGAUUUGUCUUGCUUGAUCAACAUCUUGCCCAGACAAUUGUUAAAUAUCCUGAUAGUUAUUUAUUUAUACGGAAUAUUAUUACUUAGCUAUUGUAUGUAUGUUUAUACAUUUAUGUAAUAGAGUUUGUAGACUGCCUUA